CGCCGGAAGUGGCGCGCCGGUGGACAAGUCCUUAUGGCGGCGGCUGCGGCUUGGGCGCGGCGCGGUGGUGACUGAGUUGUGAUUCUGGCGGGCGGGCGCCAAGCCCUGGCCCGGCUUCCGUGUGCCCACCGGGCUACGCACCCCUGAUGCUGCGCGGGUGCUGAGCCCGCCCCGGCCAGGAAGAUGGUCAAGUAUUUCCUGGGCCAGAGCGUGCUCCGGAGUUCCUGGGACCAAGUGUUCGCUGCCUUCUGGCAGCGGUACCCGAAUCCCUACAGCAAACAUGUCUUGACUGAAGACAUAGUACACCGGGAGGUGACCCCUGACCAGAAGCUCCUGUCCCGGCGACUCCUGACCAAGACCAACAGGAUGCCCCGCUGGGCCGAGCGACUGUUUCCUGCCAAUGUUGCUCACUCGGUGUACAUCCUGGAGGACUCUAUUGUGGACCCACAGAAUCAGACCAUGACCACCUUCACCUGGAACAUCAACCACGCCCGGCUGAUGAUGGUGGAGGAACGAUGUGUUUACUGUGUGAACUCUGACAACAGUGGCUGGACCGAAAUCCACAGGGAAGCCUGGGUCUCCUCUAGCUUAUUUGGUGUCUCCAGAGCUGUCCAGGAAUUUGGUCUUGCCCGGUUCAAAAGCAACGUGACCAAGACUAUGAAGGGUUUUGAAUACAUCUUAGCCAAGCUGCAAGGUGAGGCCCCUUCUAAAACACUUGUUGAGACAGCCAAGGAAGCCAAGGAGAAGGCAAAGGAGACUGCACUGGCAGCUACAGAGAAGGCCAAGGACCUAGCCAACAAGGCAGCCACCAAGAAGCAGCAACAGCAGCAGCAAUUUGUAUAGCCAGUCCAGGUCUGGGUGUAGUCUGGGCCCUCCACACCACAGCACACCAGACAACUCGGCUCAACUCCCUCUGCCCUCUCCCCAUUGUACUUUACUAUUAAAAGUAAGUUUCCAGCCCUAUCUACUGUCUGGGUGGUGGGUUGGGGUGUCCUGUUUGGCAUCUGCAGUAUACCAGGCAUGUCAUCCAGGUCUGAGCUGGGCCUGCUUGUUCCCCCAUUGGGCAGCUGAGGACAGAGGCACAGAGAGGUGUGGUGAUUUGCCCAGGGUCACAGACAGUAUGCAGGUGAAGUGGUAAUAAACGAUAGACUGUAAGCUCCACGAGGGCAGGGCUCUUUGUUCUCUGAUGUGUCCCAAGUACCUGGAACAAUAUCUAGCACAUAAUAGGCACUCAAUAAAUAUUUGUUGAAUUCAA